AUGCAGGUCUUCUCCUCCAUGGGCGGCGAGCUCCACGUCCCCGAGUGGGGUCCUCUCUUCACUCUCCCUCUCUGCCCCUUCACCCUCGGUGGCGACGGGUUCCACCUUACCCGCGCCGUUCAGCUCGCCGACGCUCAUCUCGGCCAGCAAGACCAGACUCUCAACGCCAAGCUCUGGGGCCUGUUCCCCUGGGACGACAUCGACACUACCAAGGGCAUCCUUACUGCCCGCUUCAAGAAGAGCGAGAGAGAAGACACUGAGAAAUCCCAGAUGCUGCUUCACGGCACGUAUGCCACGUUCGGCGCCAAAAUGAAGGCCUGUGCUCCUCCUCACGAGCGCGCUCGCCUCGGUUGGAACAUGACCUACCUCGACGUCUUGAUGGACACUCUCCACGUUCACGGAUUCCUCGACUCUCCUACUCCUACCGCCAUGGGCAAGGUUGAGGCGGCCAAGUGGCGUGCCAUCUUCACGAACAGCGGCGGCAAGGGCAAGAACGCCAACACCACCCUCCCUGACAACUACGGCCAAGGCUGGGUCCACCCUCGUGACCGCAAGAGGAACAAAGCUGUCGAACCUAUCAAGAGUGUCGUCAAGCGCGUGCAGGAGAAGAAGGAUAUCGUCACCAAGGCCCUCUUUGACACUGGCAACUACAUUGCUGCUGCGCGCGAGUACUGCAAGCUUCUCCUUGAGCUCUACCCUUGGGCGGCUACUCCGCUCAUCUUCACGAACCAGCAGGCGUUUUCGACUGGUAUCGCCCAACUCGAAUCUGACCUCUGGGCCAAGCUCGGUCUCACUGCCAUCAAGAUCGGCCGUCUUACGGAUUUCAACGAGUGGUACGCCCACGCCCUCGACUGUGGCGAGGCCAUUCUCAACGCGCGUUACACCACCCGCAAUGCCCUCUCCAGGGCCGGUUUCAGUGAGCUGUACCCUGCUUUCACAGCUCACACCCAGUUCUCCACGAGGUCUACGGCCUGCCCCGCCGUCAUGUGCAUCAACUCGUACAUUCUCGGCCACAGCUACGCGGUCGGCGACAAGGGAGACGGCGCCUGGGCCCACAAGAACUGCCACGAGACCCACGCCUGCAAUGACAAGACCCAGCACCACGGAUCGGAAGUGCUCGACACCAAGCUCCCCAAGGCCAUCAUGAUGCCCCGUGGUCCCAACGGCCCCCUCGUUCUCAAGACUGACUUUUCCGUCAACGACUGA